AACUUUUGAAGGGGCGCGGCUCGGAGGUCGGCGAAACCUUUGGCCGCGCCCCGCACCAACUGCCAGCCAGCCAGCUGCUCGUUACUGUGGCCGUGUCUGCCCCGCCAAAAAAAAGCGUGGAAGAAGGUUACGACUUGGCGCUUGCCUCGCCAGACCCAAUUGAGUCAUAUUUCUUUCCCAUCACACCGCGUGCGUCCAUCAACUCAACACCCCGUGACUUGAGCCUUUCCAAUUCCCCGAUCCGUUUGCCCGACCUCGACUUGUUCAGUAUCAGCACAAAGAACAGGCUUACCGAUCACCACCCAAUAUGGCGUCCAACCCCGAGGCAGAGCACGAGCAAGAGCACCGCGAGGAGGAGAGUGGAUCCGAGUCUCAGGUGGAAGACUCCAAGCCAAAGUCUGCUUUGAAGAAGACGAGGGAUGUGCUACCUCCAGCUCAGCGUCCAGAAUUGCCUGUACAACCAGAUCCGUCAACGACCGACUUCUCCAAACUCACACCUAUUUCCCCCGAGAUCAUCUCCCACCAAGCCACAAUUAACAUCGGAACCAUCGGUCACGUAGCUCACGGCAAGAGUUCCGUCGUCAAGGCCAUCUCUGGUGUACAAACGGUCCGCUUUAAGAACGAACAGGAGCGCAACAUCACUAUCAAGCUCGGUUAUGCAAACGCAAAGAUCUACCAGUGCGAUAGUGCCGAUUGCCCCCGCCCGACAUGCUACAAGUCUUACGAGAGCCAGAAGGAGGUGGAUCCGCCUUGUGAGCGCGAGGGGUGUGGAGGAACGUAUCGGUUGAAGCGACAUGUCUCCUUUGUGGACUGCCCAGGCCACGAUAUUCUGAUGAGCACGAUGUUGUCGGGAGCCGCCGUUAUGGAUGCCGCACUGCUUUUGAUCGCUGGAAAUGAAACCUGCCCGCAACCGCAGACUAGCGAGCAUCUUGCUGCUAUCGAAAUCAUGAAACUCAACCACAUCAUCAUUCUUGCCAAUAAGAUGGAUCUGAUGCAGCCAGAGAGUGCUGCCGCGCAUUACGAGUCAAUCCUCAAGUUCAUUCGAGGCACCGUCGCCGACAAUUCUCCCGUCAUCCCCAUUUCGGCCCAGCUCAAGAUUAACAUCGACGCUGUCAAUGAGCAACUCAUGAAUAUUCCCGUUCCAGUGCGAAACUUCACCGCGAAACCUCAGAUGAUCAUCAUUCGAUCUUUCGAUGUCAACAGGCCCGGUGCUGGGAUCGAUGAGCUCAAGGGUGGUAUUGCCGGUGGCAGUAUUUUGACUGGUGUCCUGCGGGUGGGCGACGAGAUCGAAAUCCGCCCUGGUAUCAAGAUAAAAGACAGCGCAGGAAAGAUCCAGUGCAAACCCAUCUUCUCUCGGGUAGUGUCGUUGUUGGCUGAAAACAACGACCUCAAAUUUGCCGUGCCUGGUGGUCUUGUUGGUGUUGGUACCACCAUCGACCCCACUCUGUGCCGUGCGGAUCGUCUCGUCGGUUGCGUCUUGGGUCUGCGCGGAAAUCUUCCCGACAUAUAUACCGAGCUGGAGGUCAACUACUUUUUGCUCCGCCGAUUGCUUGGUGUGCAGACUGCAGACGGAAAGCAAGCAAAGGUCGCUAAACUCGCAAAGAACGAGGUUCUGAUGGUAAACAUUGGAGCUGCGACUACUGGCGCCAAGGUCAUCGCUGUCAAGGCUGAUGCUGCCCGUCUAUCACUCACGUCGCCCGCUUGUACCGAGAUUGGCGAGAAGGUCGCUCUCUCAAGACGUAUCGAAAAGCACUGGCGACUAAUCGGAUGGGCCAACAUUGUGGCUGGCGAUGUCCUUGAACCCCUCCAGGAUUAG